AACGCCACCAUCCUGCGCCGGCGCUCUGUCGUUAAGUGUCAUUCUUCUUUUUUGUGCUUACAUUCCACACGUGUUUUCUUUUUAUAUUAUUUUUUUUGCUUUGGAAGUUGCUGUGAUGGGCAAACGACGGAGAAAAAGCCCUGUUAGUAGAAUAGACGUGAAAAGGAGAAGAUUGUUACGGAAAUUGGAUAAAUUAGAUCGCGCUUCGGGUUUACACAAAGAGAGCAGUUGCAGCAGCGAUACAGCUGACACGAGAUCCGAACGCGGAAGUACACCAAUGGAGUCUAAUAGCGAUUAUGGACACUUCGAGGACCUUAUUCACGAGGAUUCUAUUGCUUUUUCUGAACAAGAUGAAAAUCGAGAUCCUAACGAGUCUGUGGAGGAGAUUCCCUUAUCCAGUGACAUUUUGAAAAUUAUCGGUUGCGAUGGAAGUACUAAGGAAACUGGAUCGCAGAUAAUUAGAAAAGAAUUAGUUUCUAGUUGGUCUGAUGUUAUUAAACGAAGACUAAGUGAAGAAGUUCGUGCAGAUUGUGUGCUUCGCUAUCCGCCUCCAAAAAAUUGUUUGUUUUUGGAAGCUCCUAAGCUAAAUUUAGAAGUAGUUGCAGCAGUUAAUGAUGUGGCUAAAAACCGAGAUAAUCGACUGAUUAUUUUUCAAAAGCAGUUGGGUUGCAGUAUAUCGGCGAUUGGAAAAGCUUUAUCUGCAAUUUUAGAAAAAGAGGAAGAAAAGGACCUUCAGGUUGUGCAAGCACUGAGUGAUGCUGGCAAGCUGUUAGUAGAUUUGUUCUCUUCCUAUUCUUCUACAAGAAAAGAACUUCUUUCUUUGGGUCUAAAAAAGGAGUUCCGAGAAACUUUAAAUAGUGCCGAAGUGGAUGGAUGGCUAUUUGGCGUUAAUUUAGAUGAGAGAGUAAAGGCUUCAAAAAAUCUGGAGAGAGUUAGUCGUGACCUUAGACAGAUUAAAGCUAAAGCACCGGUUACCAACAAGGAGACAAAAAACUUCACAAGUCGGUCUCAUUACCAUCGAGUUCGGUGGGACCGCCAACAUUUAAAUCAACGGACUCAACCCUUUCCAAAAUCCCAGAGUCAAUAUCAAGAAGGAAGAUUUCAACGGAGUCAACACACGUCUCAGAGAAGACCUCCCAUGAAACGACCCUUCAAACACAAUUGAACAUUGUAAGUGGAUCAGCUGGCAGGUUGGCUAAUUUUUAUAAUAUUUGGAGUAUAGUUACAAAUAACAAGAUGGUAUUGUCUUGGAUUAAGGGAAUAUAUAUUCCUUUUACUCGUACUCCAUCCCAAUCUUUUGUAAAGAAAGAACCGAACUGGUCCCAGUCAGAAUUUUUAAACAUAAAAGAUUCAAUAGCCAAUCUUUUAAAUAUGAGAGCUAUUAGUCAGGUAGCUGACUGUCCUGGUCAGUUUGUUUCAAAUAUUUUUUUAGUACCAAAACCUGAUGGUAGUUUUCGUUUAAUAUUAAAUUUGAAAGAGCUUAAUAAAUUUGUUGCUUACCAUCAUUUUAAAUUGGAAGAUGUUAAAACCGCUAAGACUCUUAUUGCUAAGAAUUGUUAUCUAGCAAAAUUAGAUUUGAAAGAUGCAUAUUUUCUUUUGUCUAUCGACAGGAGACACCGAAAAUUUUUAAGAUUUUUGUUUAAUGGGAACUUAUAUGAGUUCAAUUGUUUACCGUUUGGGUUAAGUUGUGCCCCAUUUAUUUUUACGAAGAUUAUGAAGCCGGUCAUUUCUUUGCUUAGAAGAAGGGGUUUGUUUUCCAUAGUUUAUUUAGAUGAUUUCCUUUUAUUAGGACAAUCUUAUAAUGAUUGUUUGUACAACAUAACCCAGACGAUUAUUCUCUUGGAAUCCUUAGGUUUUAUUAUA